GCAGCAUGCCCUUGGUGGCAGGAGAGAGUCCUGUGUUGUUUACACACAGGUCUCUCCCCUGUCAGCUUUACAAGCUACUGCACACUGCAAAGCAGUGUUCUUACAUUGAAGCACAAACACAGCCACAUAGUAAAACACACACAGCACACAGUUAACCCUUUGAUCACCCCACAUGUUAACCCCUUCCUGCCCAGUGCCAUUAGUACAGUGUCAGUGCUUUUUAAUAGCAUUGAUCACUGUAUUGGUGUCACUGGGGAUGUCAGUGACAUCAAGUCACUUCCCCGCAGUGUCAGAAUGCCCGCUGCAGUCCCGCUUUAAGUCGCUGA